UUUUUUUUUUCUGUCAUGUCAAAUUUUAAAAAAUCUAUUUCUCUAAACAAAGCUUCAAAAGCAGGCUCGAAUAAUAAUUUAACUUUUCGAACAAUAGGUCAAAUAGGAAAAUCCAUGUCAUCUACAAUGAUAAGCAAAGCAAAAAGUAAGGAUGACGACAAUUCUACUUCACCAUCUAGCAGCAUAGUUAUGACGAGUGAGCAACUAAAAACAGCUGAAGAGAAUCUAUUGAGUGAUAUUACAGAAGUUCGUUAUGUAAUGGACUUAUUCUUGAACUCUCGUAUCCCUGAAGCAGAAAAAAUUUUGGAGCCAAAACGUAAUUCGACCUUAUAUCAUUCUCUUGGAUAUUCUUUUAUCUUAUUUUUAAGAAGCAUAAUGACAUUUCAGCAAAGUGAUAUUCAAGAUGCUAUCACAGCACUUAAAAAUACAAUCCAGAUGGCAGAUUCUAUGCGUAAAAAGGAAACUGGUUGGUUCAGUAACAUGACCGUUUGGAUAAAAGGCGGUCUUCAUGUUCAAGAUAUUUGUAAUAUGUCUCGCUUACAACGUCACGCUGAAUUAGUACAUGCUGAGUGCUUCAUGUUAAAGGCAUUGCUUUGUAUCGUUCAUGAAGAAAGCUUUGUUGCCUUUUUAAGAGAGGCACUUAAUGUAAAAUCAAGCUAUAAUGUAUACAAGGCGCUUCAAAAAUAUUUAAAUCACAUAAAACAAGAGAUAAUUCAGGGGAAAGACAUUGAAUCAUAUGCAUUAGAUGAUCAUUUUACUUCGGGAGUGUCUCUUGGGAUUGGUUUAUUCAAUGUAAUUAUCUCAUUAUUUCCCAACACUAUUUUGAAAUUUGUGGAAUUUGUUGGAUUUUCAAGUGAUCGAGUUUAUGGUAUGGAACAGUUAGAAAUGACAGGAGGUUGGGAACAAUACGCAGGUUUACCACCUGAUGAAUUACCACCACCUCAAGAUCCUAAUGAAGGUUUACGUAGACAAUUUUGUGAUAUGGUUUUAUUACUCUAUAACAUCAUAUUAUCCAAACUUAUUCCACUCUCUGAUGUGAAUGAAGAGUUAUCAAAUCGUAUUUUGGCUUAUAAUCUAAAGGUGUAUCCUGAUGGUGUCUUUUUCCUGUAUUUUUCAGGUCGACAAUUGAGUUCUCAAAGACAAUUAAAAGAAGCAAAAGCUCAGUAUCAAAGAGCUAUUCAAAUUCAAAAGGACUGGAAACAGCUUCAUCACAUAUGUUAUUGGGAAUUAGGGUUAAUUCACCUAACACAGCAAGAUUGGCAAGAAGCCGUCAAGUGUUAUUCAAUACUUCAAAAGGAAAGCAAUUGGUCAAAGGCAGUUUACUAUUAUAUGCAGGCUAUAUCCUUAUACAAUUUUAGUCAAUUAGAAGAAGCGAGUGAGAUGAUGCAUAAGGUAUCUGGGGCAAAGCAAAAGUUUGUAGGUAAAUCUAUCCCUCUUGAAAAAUUUGUUGCACGAAAGGCAAGGAAAUUUAUUUCACAAGGCAAUCGAUUGUUGUUCCCUGACUUGGAGAUAUUAGUUGCAUUUAGUGCCUUUGAUUUUAUGUCUUUUGAUGAGCUGUACAAAAAUUUAAAACGUACAAAUGAUGAAAUCAAUCGCUUAACACAUGAAGAGAGACAUAAGGAAGCGCUUAAUUAUUAUGAUGAUCUAUGUCUUGCUCAUUAUUUACGUGCUAUCACACUUCGGCUUUUGUUGGAACAAAAAGAAAUGAGUGAAUGGAAACAAUUAUUUGAAGAAUCUGUUACAAAUGUGAAAAAAAAUGCUGAUAAAUUACAACUUGAUCAUUAUAUUUAUUACUUUACAAGAUAUGAAGAAGGGCUUAUGAUGAUUAUGGAUAAAAAAUACGAUGAAGCUAAGGAGAUAAUACAAUCGAUUAUCAAAAUAAGUGAAAAGGGGCAAUACAGCAUUGGUGUUGGAUCACAUUCAAAGAAUAAAUACAGUUUAGAGAAUACGCUUAUAUUCAAAUGUCAUAACUGUAUUACUAAAAUUCAGACAAUGGCAAAGAAGAAUAAAAGUAUAUAAUGUGGAGAUUUAAUAAUAAACAAACCUUUUAUUAAAUUUCAGUAAAAGCUUUAGUAAU